CCACUGUCACCUUGUACCUCUUCUUAAAAAAUUCAAUGAUUACAGUGAAUGACCAGAAGCAAGUUUGGGUGAACGGGCUGCCGGUGAGAAUCCCACUUGAGAUCACAAACGUAGUGAAGUUUGAGUUGACCGGCGAUGUGAUUGUCCUUCAGACACCUCAGGUUCAAGUAACAUUUGGCCCAAAUCGUAGAAUAUCCGUGUCUGUCAGCCCAGCUUUGACAGGGAAGGUGUGUGGAGCAUGUGGAAACUUCAACUACACCCCGGCGGAUGACUUGAAGGGACCAGGCGGAGUGAAUGUCAGCAGUGUUCCAGAGCUCUUGUUGUCUUGGACGGCCAGAGAUUUCGCUCCUCUGUGUGCCUAGGGAUAAGAUUGAACAGGCUGAUCUGAUGAUGCUAAUCGGAUAGUGGAUUGAAACCACCAAGAAAGUCUUCGGCAAGCCUCACCAUCAAAGGAAGUUGAUGUGGGAAACAGAACUUUUUGGAGGUCUGAGCUCUGUAGGAAUUGCUCCAGUGAAGCUAAACGAUGUGGAAUUUAAAACUCUGCAAAAGUAGAUUCUGUUAAUUAUAAAUUGAUUUGUUCUAUGAGGAUCCUUUGCCAUAAAUAAUUUAGUUUACAGUGAUCCUGUGGAAGGGAGCACGAAGAGGGUAAGAAGGCUUGGAUUUUGUGGAGAAAGGUGAAAAAGGCUCAUCUGGUCAUCGUAACAAAAGAAAUGCAAAAUAAGGGGGAAAUAGGGAAACUGGGGUGCUGUUCUCAAGGCCAAAUCUAACUACCUCAUUGCCCAUAUAGAUUUGGGUGCUUUUUCUGUCUGUGUGCUUAAAAUUGAUUGCCAAUAUACCUUUUCUGUCUCCUGUGAAAUCUUUUCUCAAUCUGUUGUCUUUCUCGCUAUAUCUCAGUCAGUUUGGCUGGCAGCCCAGAAAUCACUG